AGUCAUGAUAGCUUUUGGUUUCGGAUUUGGUAACAUAUGUUGUAGUAGUGUUGGUAUUUUUAGAGGAAGAUUUUGAAAUCUUAUAUAUAUUUUUAAUUUUUUUAACUUGACAUUUAUGUGUUUAGUGACUAUAUAAUAACUUAAUUUAAAUACUUUGUAAAUUUCUUUUAAGUUUAAGAAAGUGGAUUUUGCAUAGUUAUUUGAUUAUAGGGUCUGGAAGACUUCCAGAAGACUUCUUAACGAAUGGUUUACAAGACUUUUUGAGAAGUCUUCCAGUGCAAUUUAUAUUAGAAGACUUCGUAACUUCUAAACCGAAUCGGACCUUAAUUUUACAUUCAAUUUUAACAUAACCGAAUAUACACCAACAUAUAUUUAACCUAAGCUGAUAAUUUACGGACAUAUAAAUAGUAUUUUUUUCACUUUUCGGUGUUUCUUAGAAUUUUUUUUGUAAAAACGCGAAAACCCUAGAUGUUUGCUUAGAGGCGAUUUCUAUGGCGAUUUCAAUGGCGAUUAUAAAGGCAAUUUCCGGCGAAACUCUUCUCUGUCCUUUUCACCUCUGGUAAUCUUGUUUUUUUUUCUGGUGAAUCUUGUUUCUCCUUCGUCGCCGAAGUGUUUUUUAGUACAUUAAACUAACCCGCUUGAUUUUUUUUCAGAUCUGAAACCGUUUCUGUUGUAGUCGAAUUCCACUUCCAGUAAGUUGUUUCUCUUUGCUGUUGAAUCAUUUCUGAACUGAAACCGUUCGUUUCUCCGUCGUGACUUCUUCUUUCCUGUCGAGUUUGGCAAAUCUGUAACCAAAGCUGUCGUCGGUGACCGUUCUCUGUUUUGCACCUCAACUUCUCCGCUUUCCGACUGUCAGUUCACCCAUUUGUUCGAUGUACAAGGGUUUCUCUCGAUUUGAUUAGUCUUCUACUGGAAUACUUCGAAAGACUCCGGAGAUAUUACGGAAGACUUCCAAAGACUUCAUGAAGACUUUCGAAAGACUAUAAAGUCUUCCGGAAGUCUUCCAAAAGUCUUCGCAUGUUGGUUUGUUUGUUAUGCUCAGUUUGUGUUUGAAAUUUUGGUUUUUCAAUGUUUUGCAGGCUGUAAAAUGGAAUUACCAGAACUUCCGAAGAGGAUGUUCACCUUAAGGGAAGAGCCCAUUCCAUCGAAAAGCAUUGCGUAUCAUACCGAUGACCCAAAGUUGCUUCCUUCUGUAAAGGCCGCUCUACAUGAUGAUGAAUGGGAGGAGAUGGAAAAUUCAAGGUUGGGAGUGUACAUCAAGUUUCGGGAGUUCAACUUUGGAUGGGAGUCAAGGCUGGUUCGUUACAUGCUCUGUUUCCAGCUCGAUAUCAAGAAGAAGUAUGAGCUAUGGUGUCUUAUUGGUCCAGAACCAUUGAGGUUUUCCCUAAUUGAGUUCGAGCACCUCACUGGUCUAAACUGCGAAUAUACUGAGAACCUAGACAAUCUAGAUGUAGGGGUGACAGAUGAGAUGGCUUGUUUCUGGGAGUUGAUGAGUGUGGAUAUUGAUGUUUGUCCAAGGUCUCAGCAAAUAAUAGCAGCAUGUCAGAGGUGUGGAGAGUGGUCUCGGGUUGACCGCAUGCGGCUUGGACUAUCACGCACUGGAAUCAGAGCAUUAUUCAAAGAUUCAGCAAUGUUUGAAGUCAUCAUGUUAUAACUCUUCCCUUCGAAAUGUGAACGUGUCCACAACUUGCGGUCGAUUUUCUCCAAAUAAUCCCAACAUCUCCAAUCAGUAAGCUUUAUAAGCUCAUAGAGCUUAUUAAAUUCUGAGACCUUGAAUGCUUCCCCUGCUCUGCCGGCCAUAUCCUUCUGUUGCAGCCCUUUAUACUUGUCAUACACGUUUCACUGAAGGUGUACAAGACAAAUACAAUGGUGUGCACGUGGAUACCAUUUCUCUUUAGCUGCAAAAAUUGCGGCGCAUCUAUCGGAAAUUAUACUUAAUUCAUAGCUAUCUUCUACAAUAGUUGACAACCUCUAGAAAAACCACUUCCAAGAAUCCAUGUUCUCGCUAUCCACUACUGCGAAAGCAACAUGGAAUACAUGGCUGUUUGCGUCUUGCCCGCUGGCAGUAAGCAAACACCCUGUACAUGUGGGUGCCGUCCACCACAAGGACCUUCCGCAGAUGCUUCCACCCAUCGAUACAUGCCUUCAGCAACAUGAAUGCAUACUUGAACCUUGUUUUUCCUUCUUUAUCCACUUCGGUUUUAAUAUCGGUGAUUGUUCCAGGAUUUGCGUAUUUAAAUACGUGGAUGUGCUGUGGUAGCAUCUUGUAAGACUCCUCUUUUGUUCCUUGUGCAGACGCAAUUGUUAGUUCUUUCGCUUUCCAAGCUUUCCUGUAUGUGCAUGUAUAGCUGAAUUCCGUUCGCAAUACUUCCAGAAGUUCCAUUGCACAAGGUCCACAGUGGAGUCUUUCGUAUUUUGACCGCAAAAGCGUUGCAAACACUUUUGAUGUACCAUGUUUUUUGUACUGUCCUCGAACGUCGGAAGUGCAUACAUGUCCCAAAAUUGCCUUCUUCACACUAUAAGUAGGAGAAUCACUGAGUUUCUUAGCUAUUACCCUCCAACUACAUUGUUUGUCAAUGCAUUUCGCCGUGAUGAAACGUUUGCAAUGCCUCAGCUUAAACCUGCACACCUAAUGACUAUUAUCACAACUCAGCAAUCUAUAGCUGGGGCUAAUCCCUCAUAACCUAUUUAAACCCUAAAUCUAACAAUGGAACUACUCAGACAUGGCUAAGUAAUUCAUAACAUCAAUUAGGUAAGAAAACUUCAUUAGAAUAGUAAAUAGAUAUUAAUGGAGUUCCAAUCACAAAUUAUAACUUUGGAUCUUCUCUCCAAUCUAUCAAAAUCCUAAAAACCUUUGCUAAUAAUAAAAAACUAGAAACACAAGAAAAGCACACUUUGCCUCUAACAUAGUAGAAAAGCUUAUAUAAUUAGGUUAAAAAUCGUCAGGGGUAAUAUUGUAAAAUGGUGAAGACUUGGGCUUCAAGUCGGCUGUGACCAAACAAGCUUUAUGCGCGCUUCGCUGUCGAUCGAUGUUCUGAUGUGAACAUCGAUCGAUAUUUGUUCCUCAAUAUCGACCGAUGGUCGAGCUCGAUGGUCAUCUCGGUUGCUUGUCCCAAAUAUCUCUAAAAUGCUCCAAAAUCAUCACUUAUCUACAAAUCACUCUUGAUCUUAUAAAUAUAAUAAAUUGACUCUAUAAUAUAAUAAUCUAUCUAUAACAAUAAAACAGACUUGUUUCUCUCCUCGUGCGUCCACGUCAUCAAGGAGAAGAUGGCGAAUUAUGACACGUGGCAGCUCCAUAUAUUAACUUACGAAUCAUUUGUUUCUUUUGCUUCGUGGGCCUAUCGUGUUUCUGCUAUAUUGUUCAGGCCCAAUGUCUAUAGGGUUGCAGGUUGCAUCAUCUUAGUAAAUCGACAAACAAAUUCUGCCGCCGCUUCCCUUCUCUUGAGGUAACCUCAGAAGACAACCGAGCCGGCACCGGCUUAGCUAUUAUAUAAUGAUGUUGUCCCAAUCCUUUGAUAAGCAGAAACCACAUCAGAUGACUGAGUCGAAACAAACUUUUUGUUAUUCUAUUAUUUGUUGUACACUUUGAGUCUGGUUUGCUGGUCUUGAUUUUAUGUUUGGAUUGGAUGUUAACUACCCAUGUUUUGUUGUACCCAUUUUUGGAAAUGGAUUACACCAAAGAUGAUGGGGCUGGCCACAAAAACUUAUGUGUAUCAUUGGUCAAUUGAAGGUUUGUAUUUGUAUCUUUUACAUACUGUCGUCUUCUCAAUAUCAUGUAUAUGUAGUUUGUCAAUCUGUUUAACCAGGGGAUCUUGAAGAUCAUCAACCACCAUACCUUCUUCAAUUGGAGUUACAAUACAGAGACAGAUUCUAUUGAUUGCUUGAACUUCCUCCUUCUUCUUUAUUAAUUUCAAUUAGCUGAUGAGUUUUUAUUGUUUUGUUCCUUGUCAUAGAGUAGUUGUGGACAUGUGCGUCAGGAGGUGGUGACUGUGAGAGAUCGACUGGAGAAGAAAGAGCAAGAUCCAGGAUUUUCGAGUCUGAGUAAGAGGAGACGAAGCCAGAGAUUCACGCCAAAGAACAAGAUAGACAAACUUACAAGGAAAUAAAGCUUCCCAAAUACUUUUUAAGCUGUUCAUUGGUGCAUUUGAGUGAGAUCCUAAGACCCUUGGGAGCAAUGCAAAUGCAGAGUCAAAGUUUGGGUGACAAUUAUUGAACACACGGGAAUUAUCAAGAAGAGAAGUCAUAUAAUAAAUCAAAUUCCAUUUUUUCUGUUUUGUUUAAAAGUUUUUGAUUUUUUGUUAUAUAUUAGGCCGAGUAAAUUUAUGAAUAUCAUUGUAACUUCAGGUUGUAGGAAUAUAUUUAAUUUCCUUUUUGAUUGACAUCCAAACCUCAAGAGACAAAAUAUGCGAGAAAAGACCAACCUUUUUUUAGCUUUUUCUUACUCCAUAGUCAUGGUUACAUGAUUUCCUUGAACCCUCUUUAGACUGAAUAGAACGUAGGGCGUCUUGGAAGAAAACCGUUGGUGUAGAACAGCCAAAUAAAAGUGAAUUUUAACACUUCAGAUGAGGCGUUAAGUCCACAUAAUUCCAUACACGUUCUUCUGUGUAUACUCCAGUUUUGAAUAACUUUCUUAUUUUAGUGAUCUCGCUUUCAAUUAUAUGAUUCCUAAUUUAAACUUGAAGAAGCCAAUGAAAUUGAGGUACACACCAUAUAAAUGGUUACAUUACUUGGUUUAGAGAAUAUUCAUAUUAAACUGACGCCAAUUAAUAUAGGACUAAUUAGUAGAUUUUUCUGUUAUAUCUGAGUGAGUGAAAAACAUCAGCCUUUUUUUCUCUAGUACUAAUUUAUAUCCAGGUUGGUGAGCCUAGUGAUAGGAGACUAUCUAUCUUGGUUCGGAGAGCACCGGUUAACCAUAGACCCCCGGUCACUGGAUCUAAUCCACCACGAAAAGUAAGAAAGUCUGAGUAUUUUGACCAAUUCAAGGUAAAAAAAGGGGAUUGCUCCUCCAGAACGAGAGGGAUCCCGACCGUCGUCGGGAAGUAGCGAUUGCCGCUCAAUUAUUUGCGAACAGUGGAAUUUUGACACAAUCUAAUAAACAGUUUCAUUUUCUAUAUUCAUGAGGUUGUGUCAACGGAGUUUGAUUAUUAUGAGAGGGAUCCCUAACUUUGUAGAAUGAGAGAUUUCAUUGAUUUCUUUAUAUGAAACCUCAAAUCCUAAUGUUGGCUAAAGCUUUCGAUAAUGCUGAAUUUAGAGUUGUUGAAUUUUUUGUAUGCAUUUUCUUCAGUGUAAUUUAACUGUUACAAUUUUCUGAUAGGUAUUACAUAUGCAAAAACGUGUAAUAUUGACCUGAAAAACAAUUUUGUUCAUAAAAUCACUUGCAUAUUUUCUCAAAUUCAAAUAUUAUACCAAAUUUAAUAUAUGAUAGAGUCCGCAAUGAUGCAUAAGUUCACAUAAAUAUUGAAGACAAAAGUGAGAGAACAAUAUUUCUUUCUUCUCGCAAACAAAUUGGCAAAUUAGCUAAUCGUUAUUAUACCAUAAUGACAACACAAAGGUCAAUAUGUGAAUUUAUUUUUUUUUUCUCAAAAAAUAAAGUUUCUCGAAAACAAAAACAUAACGAAUCACAUAUUAACAUAACGAGCUACAUCCGAAAAGAGAACCAGACUGUUGUAUUUUUUUUUGUUCCAAUCAGACUGUCCCUUAUAUAUUUAUACACAUUUUUAUAAUUAAUUUAUCAUUUUUAUACAAUUUACAUUUUAGAAAUCAUGAUUAAUUAGUGUAGUUAUGUAGAAGAAGGAUCUAUUGUAGUUAUACGAGUGUGCAAAACCGACCAUCUGUAAAGGGGGAUUGCAACAUGACCAAACCAACAUACAGUAUUCGAUGCGUUUUCUUUGAUAUUUUGGACAUUCACUUCUCUUUCACUCAUUAAAUACAUGGUCUCCAUAUGCUGAAAUGAAAGUACCGGCAGAGAAAGCAAUCAGAUUUGGUUAGCAAUUUGGUAAUAUACUAUCUAAUGAGAAAAAAGUACUGGGGGAAGGCCGGAGAUCAAUUGCAAAGACUCAAUAGUUGAAGAAUAUAAAGCGCAGAAGACGCAUAGUACCCUAAAGAUAAAGAUUUGAUUAAUAAUGGUGAUAUGAAGUUUUCUUUUCUCCAACCUCUGUCAUACCUUCUUUUUUUUUUGCUUAAGAACUUCGUCGUACUUGCAUCAAACGAACAAAUUUAGCGAAAUAAAGUACAUAAAAGCAGUAAAAAAACACUUUAGAUGAGAGCAGUGCUAAGUCAAAUUCAACAAGACAAUAAUGGCGACAUAAAACUCCAACAUAUCUUUAUUUUUUAGAUAUUUUUUUGUUUAACAGUUCAUUAUUAUGUAGUGUUAUUUUAUUACAAGAAAACUAUGAAAAUUCAUCAGGCAUAUAUAAUAUUAAAAAAUAUACAGAAUUUCUGUAGAAAUUACAUUAUACUACUAUUAUUUAAUCUAAAAUUAUGUUUAGCUAGGACACUAAAGUAUUUCCACAAAAAAAAUUAUUUUAUUAGUUUUUUUAUUCCGGUCUGGUUAACCAAAUAACUUCAAAUUUAAGAAAUAGAAUAGACUUUCGUUCUCAAAAUAAAAAUAAUAAUAAUAGAAUACCAAUAACUUUUUCCUGACUAAUAGAAUACCAAUAAAUAAGCAUACAUAAAUAUUGAAACAAACAUUACCACAACACAUCCAAGAAAUCAUGAAGUAAUUGAGACAAAACUAUGAGAAAUAAUGAACCAAACCAAACAUACAACCAACCAUUUAAACUAAACAAAUGCCACCCAUUAUAUUUCAUGAAGCCUAAAUCCACAAUAAAUAAAAUAGAAAUGCUUAGACAAAAAACACAUUGUCCCACUUCAACUUUAUUGUUGAGAAAAAUUACUAACCGCAUAAGAUGAUGAGGUUAAGUUCCCAUAAAUCAAAUAAACAUACCCCAGAAGAUUACAAUAAUUAUAAUGGACAAUGUAUGAACAAAUAUUUGACAGACAAUUGAAACAAAACUACUUUAGAAUAUAAAAAAUUGUAAAACGAUUAAUUCUAAAAAUAAACAACAAUCCUUGAUUCUAAAAAUAAACAACAAUCCUUAAUUCUUAUAUAUAAAAAUAAGAAGAAUAUAUGAACAAAACUUCAUUACACAUGUUUAAAUUCAGAUUAGUCUUUAAAAUAAAAUUUCAAAUGCCGUUCUUUUUAUAUGCUGUCCACAUGGUACUUAACAGUAUAAAUGUGUUAUCUAAAUAAAAAUCAACUUUACCUUAUGUUUAAAUUCCAACUAAAUAAAAUUUGUUACGAUUAUCGGCUUUUGAUUCUACUGUUAUUGAAUCGAUUAGUCACAACUACUUAUGCUAUUCCACUUUAAAAUAAGUAAUUUCAAAACAAAGUAAUACACUAGAUCGUUAACCACUAUCAAAUGAAUCCAGAAAAAUAUAUCAUUUUCUUUUAACAUAUUUUCAUUUUCAUAUUUUUGAACAUAAUUUCGUUAAUAAGACCAUAAAAUGAAUUGUAAAUUCAUGUAAGAAUAAAACAUACGAACCCGGCGCUACGCGCCGGAAUACCACUAGUUAGUAGUAAAAACACCUAUAAACCAUGGGUGAAACUGGGUCAAAUCGUCUAUCACUAGUUUCCCUAAAUUUUAGGGAAUCUAUUUGUUAGAAAGUUUAAUGGGGUGACUUCUCUAUGCCCCCCCAAACUACUUAAACCCACAGUCAAUCCCCCUAGACUUUUAAGCUCUUCUCCUAACCCCACAAAAUUAAAUGAUUCAUCAAAUAUCCACCUAACUAUUUAUUUCAAGUUAAUUACACAUUUUUUCUUAUAUAAGAGUACAUGCGUUUAGAAAUUAAAAACGCGUUUAAAAAUAACGAUUACCCUUUAUCCGAUCCAAAAUUUUUUUUUUUGAUCCAUGAUCCACACAAAAAGACCCGACACGUUUAUAGAAAAACCUACGCUGACAAACCCUACCUUACACGACCUUAAACAACCUUACGCCACUUUCGACCAAAAAAAAACAACCUUACGCCACUCUCGUAAAGCACAUGUAACGAAUUGGAGAAAGACAGAGCUACUAGGUGAAGGUUCUAUUUAUUAAAGAUGGAGAAUGAGGCCUCACAACUUGCAAGGUGAUUAUUUAUUGUUAUUUUGAUUGAUCACGUUCUUUGACUCACCAGAGGAUUAUUUGUUUCUAUUAUAUGAUUCUUUAUUGCUUAUGUAUAGGGACACUGAGAAUGAUCUAAGACAUGAUGGGGAAAUAGGAGAUGUAAACAGAGAUGACAAAGUGGCGAACGACAUCUAUGCUAAAGAGGAUAAUGGUGAAGAUGAAGAAGAGGCUGUUGAUCGAUAUGAACAUGAGAUUGAGCAAUCAGUUGCUGAUUUUGUUGAUGAGGAGUUCAUUGGUCGCAUGACAAUUCCAGAAAGCUCAGAUGAAGAAGAGGACGAGUUUGUUGCAAGAGAUAGAAGGAUGAAAAACAAGUCUUUUGACAGAUUGUCUAUUGGAACAACUUUUUACUCAGGUUUCGAGUUCAAAGAGGCUGUAUUAGAGUAUGCUUUGAGUAAGGCGAGAAACAUUGUGCAAAACAGAUGGGAUAAGACAAAGCUUAGUUUUAAGUGUGGUAUUGGAGGUAAAUGUAAAUGGAGGGUAUACUGCUCAUAUGAUAAGCCGAGACAGUGUUGGUUGGUGAAAACAAGAUACAAGUACCAUAGUUGUACUCCUAACGGGAAGUGCAAGCUUUUGAACAGUCAUGUAAUAGCAAGGAUUUUUCUGGAUAAACUGAGAGAAGACAGUGGUUUGAUGCCAGAAAAAAUCCAAGAGCAGAUUAAGGAUAUUUGGAAACUAGUUGCAUCAAGAAAUCAGUGCCAGAGAGGAAGACUACUUGCUUUGAAAUGUCUGGAAAAAGAGUAUGCAGACCAAUUUGCUCAUCUCCAAGGUUAUGUGAGAGAGAUCGAGAAGACAAACCCAGGUAGUAUUGUUGUGCUCGAUACGUCUUGCAAUGCUGCGGGUAAGGAUGUUUUUGAUCGCUUUUACGUAUGUUUUGAGAAACUUAGAAGUUCAUGGAGAGGGUAUUGUCGGCCAAUCAUAGGGUUAGAUGGAACUUUUUUAAAAUCUGAUGUAAAAGGGAUAUUGCUUACUGCUGUUGGUCGUGAUGCAAAUAAUCAGAUUUAUCCGGUUGCUUGGGCUGUAGUACAAACUGAAAACUCGGAUAACUGGUUGUGGUUUGUUCAACGGCUGAAGGCUGAUUUAGUUCUCGGUGAUGGGAGCAGAUUUGUUCUUAUUUCUGAUGGCUCAAAGGUAAGCAUCUCAUUACUGGACUUUCUCAUAUCACAUAUGCUAAUAUCUCUAAUACACCACCAUUAUUAUUUGAUUCAGGGUCUGAUCAGUGCAGUGAAGGCUGAAUUACCUAAUGCAGAGCACAGACGAUGUGUUAAACAUAUUGUGGACAAUUUAAAGAAAAAGCAUAAGAACAAAGAUUUUCUGAAACCAAUGGUUUGGAAUCUAGCAUGGGCCUACAAUAAGACACAGUACAAGGCAGAACUCCAGAAUCUGAAAGACUACAACAUGUCUUUGUAUGACGACGUGAUGAAGAAGGAACCAAAGACUUGGUCGUUGGCAUAUUAUAUGCUUGGAAGCUUAUGUGAGGAUGUCGACAACAAUGCAACUGAGUCAUUUAAUGCCACCAUUCUUGCAGCAAGAGCUAAGGCAGUUGUGCCUAUUUUGGAAACUAUUAGAAGGCAAGCAAUGGUUAGAAUAGCUAAAAGAAAUAAGAAAUCUGAGAGGCGCGCAGAGAAAUUCACAAAAUAUGUGGUUAAGAUGCUUGAAUCGGAGAAGGAAGACGCUGAAAAGUGUAUAACGACUCCUUGUACUCAUGGAGUUUUUGAGGUUAGUCUUUAUCGCUGUUCAUAUGACGUAAACACGACAAGGAUGACCUGCACAUGUGGGAAGUGGCAGAUAACGGGAAUUCCAUGUGAACAUGCUUAUGGAGCGAUGAUAGAUGCUGGGUUAGAUGUUGAAAAUUAUGUUUCUGAAUUCUUUUCCACUUCUAUAUGGCGGAUGACAUACAAUGACUCUAUCAACACCGUUAGAGGACCACGCUUUUGGAUGAAUGGUACAUACAGGUUAAUAGUCGAAGCUCCGGAGCCUAUACUCCCUGGACGGAAGAAAAAGAAGAAUCAAAAAAAGUUUCCGAGAUUCAAAGGAAAGCAUGAAUCGCCAAAGAAGAAGAAGCAAACAGAAACACUAGGAAGGGGGGGGGGGGCGAACCAUCCACUGUUCUAAAUGCGGGGAAGCUGGACACAACGCAGCCGGCUGCAAAAUACACCCAAAGAAGAAAAUAAAGAAGACAGGAGAAACAAUCGAGCAGGUGAAUGUUUUUAGUGUCUAGAUUUGGAUAUUGUCAAGUGAAUAUUUAAUAACUUAUGCUACUGGUGUUAUGUCAUAUGUUAUGUUUUACAGGAUGUUGGAACUGUUACAGAACCAGAGUUCGUUGCUUUAACGCAGCCAUCACAGUCACGCAUAAACUAAGGAAGGAUGGUGACUUAUGAAUGUUCUUAUAAUAAACCAAAUCUAUGAAUGAUGACUUUUGGGAGUUUUAAUAAUUCUUGUUUAGUUUUGUGUCUUAUGGUUAUUUUAAUAACUUUGUGAUCCUAUAAAUGAUGUUUUCUGAGAAUUUUUAGUAAACCAUUUUUCCUUGUGUUGACUUUGAAUAUUUUCCUUUAUACGAAAAAAUUAUAUUAGACGUUGUCUACGAUGAAUCCAGAGGAUGACAUGUGAACAUGUUGUUUGACACUUUUGAUGUUCUCAGGUUGAUUGUUUGUAGUUUCUAAAAUGGUUUUUGGCUUUUGUUUUUGAAAAACCACUUUAAUUGCCAAUCAAGAUUUUGUUAAAAGUGAUUCCCUAAAAAUUAGGGAAACUAGUUUUUCAAAUAACUACCUAGUUCUACACAAAAACCAAAAUCUCUAUUUUCUUAGCUUUUGGACUACGUUGUUUUUUAUCUAUCAUUUUACUUAUGUUUUAAAAAGAUAGUUAAAAAAUAAAAAUAUGAUUUAAAAUUAUUAUUUUAAUUAUAAAAUAAAGUAUAUAUAACUUAUGUUUAAACAUAGAAUUAAAUUUUGUGUUAUUUGCUGUUUUUUCAAAUAAGCUUAUUUAUAUUUUGGUAAUGAUAUUAUAUUUUAUUAUUUCCAUAGUAAAUAUUUUACUAUUGAUAAUAUUUUUAUUUUAUUAUUUUAUAAGCAAAAUCCAGAAACUAAAAACCAAAAUCUAAAAUUACCAUUCAUGUUUUUCAAAAACUAAAAUCUACUGCAAAAUCAAAAACCAAAAACCAAAAUCUAAAAUCCAAAAACCAAAAACUAAAAACCAAAAACCAAAAUCUAAAAUCUAGAAACCAAACAAACAAUCAUCACCAUAGACUAAUAAUCUUCAAGUUAUUGUGAUGACUGUUAUGGCUUACGUUUAACAUAAUCAAGUUUACAAAUGUUUACGUUUAUAAAACAAACUAUGUCACUACAACAAAGUGACUCCUUACAAACGAGAUGAUCCCUUUGUCUCUUUUCUGUUGUUUUAUGGGAAAUAAGUAAGCAACAAAAUUUUCUAACACACAGAACACAGCCCAAUUGAGAUUAUAGAACUCUGGACAGAAUAAUGUGCAAUCUCAAAAAUUCAAUAGUAAAAGCCACAAAAGAAGAAGAAUUUUUCUUGACAUGGUUGCAGCUUGGAACGCUCUAACUUUAGCCUGCAAGACCAUCCCGGGUUCAUCUGCCACUUGCAUUGAAUAAAAAUUUCUUGGAGCUUGUAACUAAAGUUCUUCGGUAAUCUAUAGCUUUAGACAUAGGUCCUGGAACAAAAGGGAACUGAAACAUCCACCAAACCACAAAUAAUCCAAAACAAAAAACAUAUGAGAAAACUUACAUAGAAUACCUUAGAUCGUGUUCAUAAAAAAAAAAGAAAAAGAAUAUUGUAGAUCGUUGCUCUCUUUUAUGUUGGAAGAAAAAUUCAAAUCUUAAACUAAAAAACAAUCUCUAUGAAGCUUCCUUAAGCUUCUUUUCGUAGAGAUGAAGUAUGAACCCUAGUUUCAGAGCAAUUGAGGGCGAAAUUAUGUCGAGAGUUUCAUAUUCAGAUCUUUUAACUUAAGUCGGGUCCUACGGUUGGGUGGGGAGAUUAUCGGGUAGUCUUAGGGUCAACGUGAUUUGUCUGAUCGCGUUUUAUGAAACUAAACGCAAUCACGUCGAAAUCAUACGAUAUGUGGAAUUAAUUCAGGAAAAAUACUUAACGGAGAAAACUAAUGAAGCAAAUUAGUUUAGGGGGUUUCUUAAUGAGCCUAAAAGUUUAGGGGGGUUUGGUGUGAGUUUAAGUAGUUUGGGGGAGGGGGAGGGGUGUAAAGAAGGCUACCCAAAUUUAAUUGGCAAAUGAAAUGGUUUUACAAAAACAAAAACUAAAAGCUAAAACUUGAUCGGAGGAAAAAUGGUUUUUGAAAGAACAAAAACCAAAAACUAGUCUAAAAACUACAAACAAUUUUUUUCUAAUUAUUCAUGUAACUGUAAAAAUCUGAACCAAUUGCAAAAUAAAGAAUUGUAAGCAAAAUAACUCUCUAACAAUAAAGAAUUCCACUACUCCUAAUUUCAUUGCACGAUCCAAACAGUUUCACUGGCUAUAUAAUUAUUCAUGUAUUAACUAAUCAUCUUUUGUAUUUUUCUUAAUUGUUUUAUCUCUUCGUUCUUUUUGUUGGUUCUUGAAUGUAGCAAAAAGGUCAAAGAUCGAUUUAGUUUUAUGACUAUUUUUAUUUAAAUUUAUUUUCUCUGAUUCUCAAAGAAAUACUCUCUAUUUCAUGCAUGAUUCAGCUUGAGUUUUGUUUAUGGAUUAUCAUAGGAAGAGGAAGGGACAACGAGGCUGCAUAAUUUAGUAGUUAAACUAUGGAAAUACUAAAUGAGGGUGUUGAAAUCCUCUUUCAACGGUUUAAUCCCAUACAAUAUCCCAUACAAUGAGGAUGUUGUAAAUGACGUUGUAUCAACAUGUAUAGUUUCAACAGCUGAAAGAAAAAAAUUGUGGACUAUCGUGCCACGUGUCGCAUUGUGGUUGGCCAUGAACAUUUAGUGCGCGCGCAGCAGAUCACAAUUUUUUUUGAAAAAAUAUGGAUAAGAUUUAAAUACUACAUUCUCAUUGGCUCGGCAAAUUGCUUUUGUUUUUUAUCCCCACCCAAUAAUUUGAAUACAUUUAUUAUAUAAUAAUUUUUUUUUUUAAAUAUGAAAAUUAUAUCAAAAUUCAAGAUUUUUUUUAUCUAUAAAUAAAGACUACUCUCAUUUCGUUUGGAUACAGAAAAACAUCAUUUUUACUAUAAGCAACUAUCAAGUGUGUUAAAAGUUAUGUUAUUUUAGUUUUUAAGUUAAUUAUUAAUAUGUAAUUAUUAUAUUGUAAUUAUUAUAUUGUAAGAAAAAAAAAAUAUGACUUAAAAGUUGUGGAGUAGAGUGUUGAAUUUCUUAAAACAAACCAUUAUAGAAGUUUAAAAUGAAGUGGGUGUUGAAUAAAUGAGGUGGAAGAAAGAGAAGAUGAUGUGAAAUGUUAAAAGGAGAAAAUGAGGGUGUUGAAACCAUUCUACAUGAGUUUUUUUUAACGCUGAUUUAUUAUGAUAUUACAAUUAUGAAAAAAAUUACAUAGACGAUCCGACAACCGACAAUACUACCUGCUUUAUAAGGAUCUACGCCUAACUGCAUCACCUGAGCCGUUCUACGAAGAUCACGCCUGACCGAGUUUACUUACACCAUGUUGAAGAUCCAUUGUAAGCCUUUCAUUUGUAGCCUGCAUAAUUGUUUAAUAAAUCGUUUUCUCCGGGAAUUGAAACCUAGACCUGCUGGUGUAGAAGUAUUAAUGAACUCUUAGUCAAACUAUUGGAACAAGGGGGCUUCCACAUGGUUUAAAGAACAUAUUUUUGCACUUUUUCAUUAACAUGGAAAGGUUUAGUAGGGGUUAUUAGUUGUUGUAUUUUAAUGGAUUUGAAAAUUCGAACUAAAUCUAGUGUUAUUGGUUCUAUGAUUUUCAAAUCUGUAUUAAAAUCAUGUGUUAUUGGUUUAAUGAUUCAUAAAUUCU